AUGGAGGGUGGCGAAGUUGUAGAGAAUCAGAAGAGGAAAGAGAGAGUGAAUCGCAAAAAUGAGGAAGAAGAAGAGAAAAGUGGAUUGGAGCAAAGGAGGCUCCGUAAGAACAACCUGGAUAAACAAUUUGCAAAGUUUUUAGAGGUGUUCAAGAAGCUGCACAUUAAUAUCCUCUUCGUUGAAGCUCUGAAGCAAACGCCUAGUUAUGUCAAAUUUAUGAAAGAGAUCCUGUCUAAUAAAAGGGAGAUGGGAGACUAUGAAAUAGUAGCAUUGACAGAAGAGUGCAGUGCCAUUUUGCAAAGGAAGCUUCCACAAAAGUUGAGAGAUCUAGGGAGUUUUACCAUACCUUGCACCAUUUGGGACUUUAAAUGCAAGCAUGCUUUGUGUGAUUUGGGUGCAAGUAUAAAUUUGAUGCCACUGUCUGUAUUCCGUAGACUCGGGGCAAGUGAAGCAAGCCCCACAACCGUGACAUUACAGUUGGCAGAUUGUUCAGUUAAGCAUCUUAGGAGGAUUAUUGAAAAUGUGUUGGUAAAAGUUGACAAGUUUAUCUUUCCAGCAGAUUUUAUUGUUCUUGACAUGGAGGAGGAUGCAAAUGUCCCCUUAAUCUUGGGAGACCGUUCUUAG